AUGGUCCUGCUGCAUUCACUCGUUCCAAGUGCCCCUGCAGCGGCAGCAGCGGCUGCUGCCGCGACAGCUUCAAAAGUAGCCAGCCCAGAUGGCGCUGUAUACAGGAAAUGCUACGUCUGCGGUCGCAGCAGCAGCAGCAUGAGCAGCAUGAGCAGCAUGAGGCGAUGGUUUUGGGGGUACAGUGGCUCGAAGCAGCCGAAUCAGAGGCAGCGCCAGCAGCAACAAAAACAGCAACAACUAGGGCGAUGCAGCAGAGAGGACAUGCAGAGCAUCUUGCACCAGGCUGUACGGAGGCUUGAGAUGCUCCAAAAGCAGAAGGCUGAAGCAAAGGGCAUCGCUACCCCGUUCAUGGACUAUGGGCGCCUGGAAAAGCGAUGGAGCGGCUUUCUGUCUUCAGUCGAGGCACACGGCAAAUUGACAUGCGCAAAUUUCAUCAAAGUCUACAGCAAUGGGGAUGCAACGUUGCGUGCUAUGCUGGACUCGAUCGCCUCCGCAGAGCGCUUCGUAUUCCUUGAGAGUUACAUUUUCGAUGCGUCUCAAGCGGCAGCUGCGGUGAAGGAAGCGCUAAAAGCAGCAGCUGCAAGGGGCUGCCUGGUCAUCCUUCUCAUUGACGGUGUUGGGAGCUUCGGAUUUCCGUCGAAUUGGAUCUCCGAAUUGGUCAAGUCUGGAGUGCACGUGACAAUAUUUAAUCCGCCUCUUCCUGCCGCUUUCUAUGCUCCAGCAGCAGAGGCAACGACACCCCCCCUGGCAGAGGCAGCAAAGCGCCAAGGGUCACUGCAUGCAGCGAAAGUGGGGCCCCUUGCUUUGCGAGAUCACCGCAAGACGCUGGUGGUGGAUGGCAAGGAGGCCUUUGUAGGCUCCUUUAAUAUCUCCGUAGACACGACUGGCCCCUCUGUGGGGGGAACUGGUCAUUUUCAGGAUUUGCAUGUGCGGCUGUGCGGCCCUGCAGCAACAGACUUGGGGCUUGUGUUUCAUCAGUCGUUGCAUGCGGCACAAGCGGAGUCGCUUGCUGCCGAGGCGCUUCAACAACUGCAGCAGGUGUUGGAAAGCGACAUCUUAAAGAAUCGCCGAUGCAUUCAGGAGGCUUUGCAACUGGCCAUUCAAACGGCAAGUCGCUCCUUGCACUUGGGAACGGCCUACUUCAUGCCUCCAGGAUUCUUACGGAGGGCCUUGCUCCAGCAGAUUCGAAGCCGACACACAGACGUUUUGCUGCUUCUCUCGGGCGAUAGCGACGUGUGGUGUGACUUCCCAGCAACCACCUACCUCGCUCACAAGCUUCUGGCUGCAAGAGAAAGAUCCAGGCCGUUGCAGGAUUGGCUACUUUUGAGGAAUACCGCAGCCACUGUAGAGAUGCAGCAGCAGCAACUGAUGCAGCAGGAGCAAGAGCACGAGCAAGACACGGCACCAGCAGCAGGAGGCCUUGCACGCUUGCUGCCCCCUUGGACUGCUCUAUCUCGACUGCAGCAGUCACGUACCGUCUUCACCAGCCGUCCGCCUCUGCUUCCGCGAGAGGGACAGUCAGAGCAGCAGCAGCAGCAACAACAGCAGCAAGCGAAGAAGCCUUUUGUGCAUUCCUUCACAACGGAAGAUCCUUGUGAAGGAAGCGGCGCAGAUGCGUCUGUGCCGUCCUCCCGCCCUCUGUAUCGUCUGCUUCGCUUUUUAAGAGGCGGCAAUACGCCAGAGGUCUUGAGGGGGGAGCUAAGGAUCCAUUUCACCAGGGAUAAGCAUUACCAUGCAAAGAACCUUGUGGCAGAUUGCCUGUGGGCCUGCAUUGGAUCCUUCAAUUUCGACAGGUUCUCUUCUCGCCGCAACCUAGAAGUCUCUAUUGGUGUUUUAGGCGGCUCAGUGGCGUGGGAACUUGCUGAGCUUCAAGAGAAACAGGCUGCGGGAGCUCCCCAGUUCUUUCUCGAAACAUGGCGGGAGCUGGGGCCCCUCCGACGUGCUAUGUGCUUCUUUGCCUACCACAUCAUGAAGUUCACAGGAAAAAACAUCUUUGACGGGCUUUCCAGCCAGCGAGACAAGGAAACUCUAAGUCGAUCCAUCAAACAGCAGAAUGACCAGCAGGCCGCACUCCCCGCCAUAGCUACCCAAGUCUUGUGUGGAUGCUAA